UCCGCGCGCCGGGCCCGCUGCCGCGCGGCGCCGCCAUUUCCCUCUCCCGGCCUCCGCCACCGGCCUCUUUCCGGCAGGAGGCGGGGACCGGCGCGGCACGGGCCGGCCCGGCCACAGGCGGUGCGCUGCGGAGCGCUGCGGAACGGCUCGGCCAUGCAGCCGGAGCGGGGCGGCAGCCGGCCCCGCAGGGAAGGCGGGCGGCACGGCCGGAGGCGGCCGGGCGGCGCAGAGAGGCCGGCCGAGCCGGCGGCUGAAGGCGGCGGCAGAGACGGCCACGGCCGAGGAGGAGCCGGGGGCCGGGGAAGAGGCGGCGCUCACGGGCACCGAGGAGGCGGAGGCGGGGGCCGGGGCAGGCGAGAGCCCCGGGGCCGCGGGGCAGCGCCGCCGCCUGCUGCCCACCACCACUACCGGCGGGUAGAAGAUGAUGAUGAUGAUGAUACUGAAUCACGAGAGGAAGAAGAGAGAGAAGUGAAAAGCUACUCAAGAAGAAAGAUUUUUUCAAACUGGAGCCGCUAUGAGGAUGCAGAAAAAGAGGGACAGAACGAAUGUGGGGAAUCGCAGAGAGGAACAGACUUCAGUGUUUUGCUUAGCUCAGCAGGAGAUUCCUUUACACAGUUUCGCUUUGCUGAAGAAAAAGAUUGGGAUACAGAAAGCAUAUACUCUAAACAGUUAUCUGCGCUUUCUGUUGACUGCCAGUCUUUGGCCCAGGCCCUUCAGGAACUGCCUCUACAUCUGAGGUUAAAUGUAGCGGCUGAACUUGUACAGGCAUCAACGCCUGCAGAGCUCCCACAGAUGAAAUCUAAAAUUACUGAAGACAGCAAGAGGAGAGAGCUUCUGUUUAGACAUUCUUUGGCUCAGAAUGAAACGGUGUUGGGCUCCCAUCCUGUUGGUGAUUCUGUUGCUCCAUCAGAGCCUGCAAGUAAACAUGGUCCUGUGGCAAGUGCAGCAGAGCCAUUCCAGAGAGCCUCUCAACAACCAAAGCACGAGACUGACCAUUUGGAUGAAGAACUAGAUCUUCUCCUAAAGCUAGAUGCUCCUAUUGAUUCUGUGUCAGAUGCAUUAUUCUACAACACAGCAACAGAGAACAAUUUGAAAGGGGAAAGUAAAGAAAACGACCCUCUAAAACCAGAUGUGCCUGAAGAGAAAAGUACAGCACCACAGCAACAACAAAGUACAUCUAAAACUGUUACUGAGGAAGAGCUUGAAGAUUGGCUGGACAGCAUGAUUUCCUGAAGAACAAGUUUCCUCGUGUGAAUAAAUGGAUGUAGCAAAAGUUAAGUAGAAAGUAGAAACCUCCUUUAUCAAUUCUAUUUCUUUUAUCUGUUACACUUAGUUUAGUAUACCAAAUGCCUGGUUUUAUUUACAGGCACCUAAAAUUCUGUGCAACCAAAAUUCAGCUAGCUAUGAGUGACUGAAAAUUAAGACUAACAUUCUUAGAAAGGUCUAAGAUUUGUGAUGAAAUUAGGAUUUUCUUUGCUAAAGAUGUAGGCUAUAAGAAACAACCAGAGCAGUUGUUUCAGCUUGUACGUGCUACAUAAAGUCCUUAAAAUAAAGCUAUGAAUGCACUAUAAA